UGGCUUCUUCUUGGGCUUGGACGCUCACGCUAUAGAAGCCCGACUAUAGGACUUGGAAUUUGUCUUUGCUCGAGAAUUUUCAGCCUCCCUCGACAUGCAUUAUCUAACUUUCGCUGAUAAUUUCCCAUGCAUUGCGUCACAACACUAGGCUGAACCACAGUAAGCCAGAGGCCCAAAUUAAGGUCUCCACUCACGCUGUGACCCUAGUGGAGACGAACCAAAUCUUACAUUUUGAAGCAGUGCAUAAGCGAGCUUCCGUCCAACGUUGUUUUCAUUCAACAUUGUCAUGCUCCCUACCAAAACACAAAUCAGACUUGCUUUCGCACCAAAAAAGGCUCCCACAGCACAAAUAAUGACCAAUCAAGAAGCAACAGUAAAGCAUUCGGACGAACGAGAGUCAACGCACGCACACAAACGUUCCCAACGACCGCUUGCGACAGACAACCAAGACAAAGAUGACACCAAAGACAGAGAUGACGACCAUGUCACAGAUGACGACGAAGCCACAGAUGACGACGAAGACAACAUAGAUUACAGAGAAGAUGAUUUCGACUGGAACCAAGACUUCAGCGCUCCACCAGUGAUAUAUCGGACGCCUGCACCUUCUAGGAAGCUUACAAUAGAUCUCGAAACUUUUCGUCGCAUCUGUGAAGUCUGGAAAUGGGACGACUUAAAUACUGAGCAGGAACCACAUGUGCUAAAUGUUGCUGAGAGCCUAAUUUUUGAUCUUACCUCUGGGGUUUGGGACGAAGAUUACCGGCCUGGAGGACGGAGUUUUUCUAUCCAUGCAGGCGUGCAGUGGUAUCUACGGAAGAUUCUAUCAGCCGCUGGCUACACGGUUGGUGACACUGGCAUCAUAUUCGUGUGUUACUGGUCUCCGGCUCGUCCAUGUAAGCCACUACCUGAUUGGUUUCCAGUUAAUGUCUUGCAAUUUGAGGAGCUCCCAGAAGAUGUAAUGGGAUAUGUUAAAGAGUAGUUAGUGGCUUUGCUCGUGCAGACUGCUCGGGGAAAAUGAUGAUUGGUAUGCGCACUAUGUAAGAAAGGCUGAAGGAACUUCCACUGAUGGAAGGUUUCGAUAAAACAUCUAAUCAUUGGCGUGCUUGUGUGCUUCACCGGCUCUGGUCUCGGAAGGCGGAACAUCCUCCCACCGAUUGAGACCCUUGUCAAUGUGAAAGGUCGUUGGUAUACGAGCGGUGUCAAGUCAGAUGACGGCUGACAUUCGGAGGCAGAGGUGGCGGCAGGCAGUGCACGGCUGCGAGGGGCCGACACGGCUGAGUGUCAGCGACAGUGCUGCCGGGGAGUUCAAGCAAAAACAUGUGAUGUACCCUCGUCGACCAUCAAGCUCAUGAGCUGGAUGUUGGAGUGUUUAACACUGUCAGAAGUUUGCAAGGUAAAGAAGAAAGGUGUGCGACGGAUGUUGCACACGACAGCCGAAGG